UUCCGCGCGCCGCCGUAAACGUCAGUAUCGGGCGCGUACGGCGGUGGUGUGGUUUGCUGUUAAAGUUGCCUUUCGCGAGCCAUGGAGAGUGACUUCUAUCUACGUUACUACGUGGGUCACAAGGGCAAGUUCGGCCACGAAUUCCUGGAGUUUGAGUUCCGACCCGACGGGAAAUUGAGAUAUGCCAACAACAGCAAUUAUAAAAAUGAUGUCAUGAUCAGAAAAGAGGCUUAUGUACAUAAAAGCGUGAUGGAGGAACUGAAGAGAAUAAUUGAUGACAGUGAAAUUACCAAAGAGGAUGAUGCUCUGUGGCCUCCUCCUGACCGAGUAGGCCGGCAGGAGCUUGAAAUCGUCAUUGGAGAUGAACACAUUUCUUUCACAACAUCAAAAAUUGGUUCCCUUAUUGAUGUCAAUCAAUCCAAGGAUCCAGAAGGCUUACGAGUAUUUUAUUAUCUUGUCCAGGACCUGAAGUGUUUGGUCUUCAGUCUUAUUGGAUUACACUUCAAGAUUAAGCCAAUCUAAAUUGAAUAUUGGUGUGUGGACACAAGGGGGAGGUGGGAGUAGCUGCUUUUAAUUACCAUUAUGAGAACAUUUUUGUGUAUAUCAGGGCAAUUUUUUAAUGAACUAUAAGUGAAUGUCUUUAAUAAAAACAUAACAAAAGCAGUUUUUAUUGUAUUUAAAGACC